AGCUAAUGGUGCUUUGUAAUUUUCAGCCCAAGGAGGCUGGCAGGGACCACCAAGCUGAGAACUGUAGUAUUUAGGGUGUCAGAGCAGCCCGUCUGCGCAUGCGGGAGAAUGCGCCGGAAUUAAAAUUCAAAGGGCGGUGUCAUCUCGGCCGCCAUACUUGGGCUUACGGGAGCUCGCAGAGGACAAAAUGCCACGCGUUUUCCCGAUUUCUAGCCUUUCCUGAGUGAGGCAAGACCUAAGAGAGGCGAUAAAACUACAUCCAAGCCCGUCCCUCUCCUGCCAUGAGCAGUCUAGUGCGGACCGAGCGGCUGCGUGGGGAGCCCCCUCUGUUGGUGCCUGGUGAUCCCUACUCCGUUGUGGUUCUGCUGCAGGGCUACGCGGAGCCCGAGGGAGGCGACGCAGUGCGCGCCGAUGGCUCCGUGACCCUUGUCCUGCCCCAGGCCUGGGGCCCGGCCUCCAGCCACAGGGAGUCCCUGUCCGAGGACGGCGAGGCGAAGACUUCCCUGGAAGAGGCGGCCCGUGGCCCCAUCCUCGUGGACACCGGAGGCCCCUGGGCUCGGGAGGCGCUUCUGGGGGCCCUGGCGGGGCAGGGCGUGGCCCCUGGAGACGUGACUCUGGUGGUGGGGACCCACGGACACUCCGAUCACAUCGGGAACCUGGGGCUGUUUCCCGCGGCGGCUCUGCUGGUCUCGCACGACUUCUGCCUCCCCGGGGGCCGCUACCUUCUGCACGGGCUGGGCGAGGAGCGGCCCUUGCGGCUGGGCCCGGGGCUUGAGGUGUGGGCCACGCCGGGCCAUGGCGGGCAGCGGGACGUGAGCGUGGUGGUGGCGGGCACGGCCCUGGGCACCGUGGUGGUGGUGGGCGAUGUGUUUGAACACGAAGGGGACGAGGACUCGUGGCAGGCGCUGAGCGAGGACCCAGUGGCACAGGAGCGGAGCCGGAAGAGGGUCCUAGGCACCGCCGACGUGGUUGUACCUGGUCACGGAGCUCCUUUUAGGGUGGUCAGGGAAGCCUCGCAGCCAGAGACAAAGGAUCUGGGGAACAGCCGGCAGGAUUCCGUGGUUGGAGACAAGGAACCCACAGUGCACCGAUAAGCCCUGGGAGAGACUGGACUCCUGUCAGGGAAGCCCCUCAGCCAAGGACUUGACGUCCAGGACAUGCAGAGGACCUGGUCAGCCAGUCAGAGGAGUCAAGGUGCUCACUUCCAGCUCUUCUAGGAGGCCGGCUU